AUGCGCUCCGUCACUCUCACAGCCUCGCUGGCUUCGGCCGCAUAUACAACCACACUCCCCGCUAGCAAUCCAUGGGCAUCUGCAUAUGCCAAAGCGUCGACAUUCGUAGCAAAUUUGACUCUGAGUGAGCUCAAUAACGUGACCCUCGGAUACUCAGUCGGCGGUACACUUUCAGCUGGCAACGCCUGCUCCGGUGUCAGUGGCAGUGUCCCCAGACUUGGGUUUCCAGGACUUUGCUUCCAAGAUGCCGGCAAUGGUGUGCGCGCCCAAGACGGCGUGAGCUCGUUCGCUUCGGGUAUAUCAGUGGGUGCCAGCUGGAAUGCAGAGCUUGCAUAUGUACGCGGAAAGUACAUGGGCGCGGAGUUCCAGCGGAAAGGCGUCAAUGUUGCUCUUGGGCCGGUUAUUGGACCUGUUGGGCGUAUUGCGGAAGGCGGGAGGAAUUGGGAGGGCUUUGGUGCCGAUCCUUAUCUAGAUGGCAUUCUUGUUGCGCCGACCAUCAAAGGCCUCCAAGAAAGCGCGAUUGCUUGCACGAAGCAUUUUUUGGCAUACGAGCAAGAGACCAAUCGCACAGCUUCUUCUCUGAAUGAAAAUGGGCUGGCGGUCGACAGUAUUCUUGACGACAAGACUCUCCACGAGGUCUACCUCUGGCCCUUUCACGAUGCAGUCGAAGCUGGAACGGGUUCGAUCAUGUGCGCUUACAACCGCGUCAACGGCAGCUAUGCAUGUGACAACGACUACACCCAGAACCAGCUUCUCAAGAAUGAGCUUGGAUUUAAAGGCUUCAUCGUAUCUGACUGGGGCGCUCAACACUCAUUCGACACUGCCAAGAACGGUCUGGACGUUGUGAUGCCAGACUCGGAAUACUGGAACAAUGAUCAACUUGCCCAAGCUGUUCGGAACGGCACUUUGAGCCGAGAUCGUCUUGAAGACAUGGCUCUUCGUACCAUCGCUACUUGGUACUUUGCCGGUCAAGACUCGUCUACCUUUCCCGCCACAUCAUCGGGUCCAGGUUUUGCAGAGAGUGGUAAUCUGACUUUAAAACACACCUUUGUCAAGGCUCGUGAUCCUGCUUCGGCUCCAAGCAUUCUCCAAGGAGCACAGGAAGGCCACGUACUUGUCAAGAACACCAACAACGCACUGCCACUCAAGAAGCCCAACGUCCUGUCCCUCUUCGGCUACGGUGCCACAGCCGAGCCAAUUUUUGGACCAGAUGUCGUGGCGGGAGCUUUUGGCCCUAACACCACUGCCGAUCUUUUCAAUUUCAACUGGCAAUUACUCGGCGAGAAGGCCUACAACGCUUUCUACGAAACCAUUUAUGCGCCGCAUACAUUUCCUGGUGUGAUGUUCACUGCCGGUGGCCCUGGUGCGAACACUCCACCAUACAUCAGUACUCCUUUCGAUGCACUCACGAACCGUGCGAUCGAAGAUGGAACACAGCUGUUUUGGAAUUUCGAUCAGUCCAACACCAACCCCGCAGUGGAAGGCGCAAGCGACGCGGCCAUCAUUUUCCUCAAUGAGUGGGCCAGCGAAGGCUGGGAUCGCUGGGAUGGGCUGACUGACGGGCCUAGCGACGAGCUCGUGAAGAAUAUCGCUGCGCAGUGUUCAAACACAAUUGUCGUGAUUCACAACGCCGGUGCAAGAAUCGAUGCUGGAAGAGCGCUUGUUCAGAUUCUGCAUGGAGACGUCUCGCCAUCUGGUCGCAUGCCGUAUACUUUGGCCAAGAGCGAGAGUGACUAUGGACAUCUCUUGAAAGGCGUGAAGAUCGAUUACCGCUCCUUCUUAGCACGAAAUGUGACUCUACGCUACGAGUUCGGUUAUGGCCUUACGUACACGACCUUUCCAUACUCGGACUUUGCUAUCAACAUCUAUCAGCCUGAUGUGACAGGCCUCUUCGAUACUGUUGGCACCGUCUCCAUCCGCGUUACAAAUACUGGCGACUUCUCCACUGCAGAAGUCAGCCAGCUAUACCUGCAGAUUCCCGGUGCUAAUACGAGGGCUCUGCGUGGCUUCCAGAAGACUCCGCUUGCUCCCGGUGCAAGUAAGCCUGUGACCUUUAGCCUAAGGAAGAAGGACAUUAGUACUUGGGACUCUGAUGCUAAGCGCUGGGUCCAGCCGAAAGGCACGUAUCAGGUAUUCGUGGGCAAGAGCGUGUUGGAUAUUCAGGCUCAAGGAAGCUUUACGAUAUAAUGUCUGGUCGAUGCCCCUAUGCUGAAGCUUUGAUCAAUCUGUCUUCGCAGGAACGCCCCAUGAAACGGAGACCAGUUGAAUAUGAGACCAUGAAGAUCCUUCAUAUGAGUCCAGUUUCAGGUUCGGCUGUGCGAAGGUCCGCCUUGGGUGUAGAGGCUGAUGAGUAUUCCAAAGUUUCGCUUGCAUCUUUAAAGAGUCGCUAUAUCACGCGGAGAUUUUUGUUGG